CUGCCCUGGUUCCCAGCAGGGCCAAAGAAAGGAAGAUGAGUUUCAGUUUCUGUGGCAGGGAAGCAGGGGAGAGAAGCGGCUUCCUUGCCCCCAGCCCUCACCGCGUCAUCAUCCUAUGAUUCAGCAGGGGACUGACAUGCAGGAGGGUGCAGGAGGGAGCGAGGGAAUAGGCAGGCAGGCAGGCGGGCUGGGCCAUCCAUUCCCCCUGUUGCCUGGCUGCCCACUCUGGACGUGCAGUCAACUCACCCACAGCUCCAGAGCUGGAAGUGACUUCUGAGCCAGGUGUGGUUUCUUCACUUUCUCAGGUGACUUGUGCCCCUCCUAGCAGGGGGCCCUCAAGCUUCCUGGUUGCAGUCUGAGGUGAAUAGUGGUCUCCUCUUUUCCUCCCUCUGUCCCCAUUCCUGGCCACAGGCUGGCUCAGCCCUUGCUUCAAGCUCCUGCCUGUUUGUCUUGGGUAACAGCUGCCAUGUCUCUGCCCUAGGUCUUUGAGUCUGCAGAGCCUAGAGGUAUGGGGGAUCCAUCCACCAUAAGCAAGAACACAGGAGCCUCCAGAAACCUGCCAGUCUAGGGUACACUGGUGGUGAACAUGGGGAGAGAGGAAGGGGACUUAGAUUCCGGAGUACAGGUGGAACCACACCUGGGGCAGGCUGGCAGGAAAUGGUGGGCUGGCACUGUGUCAGAGUUUGGGCUUGUGCACCUGCGUGGUGGGGGAGGGGCACUCUAGCACCCUACCUGGACUAAGCAACAGUAUUACUUGGCGGGGCAGGGGUGGAGGUGGGGCUACCUGGGGGUGGCCUGGCCUUCUCUGCCCAUGCCAACCAGGCUUGGUUGGGAGUGCCUGGCCCCACCCUUUGUGGGGAAACCGGAUUCUCUGGGCAGCAGCUGAGGUUUCUGAGUCUGCAUUUCUCUGUGUGCCUGAUCCCGGCUGUUGCUGAUGGGCGGUACUCUCUGGAACGCUCUCCAGAGCAGGUCACUGACCCUGGGUACAGAGGCUUCCACCCGGGACCCCUCAGAGAUCUGAACCCUGCACUUCAUUUUUUCUAUGGGUUUGCGCCACCCUCAUCCAUUCUGACACCACCCUGAAGAAGAGGAAACUGUCAGCCUGCUCUCAUCCAUGGUCCCUCCACCCAGGCCCCUUCUCUGUCCAGCUCAAAGACUCAAGCAGAAGACCCUUUUCUGCAGAGAGCCCCUCCCCAGAAUCCAGGCCAGAAUCCAGCUUGGAUUCCAGGUGUCUGGGUCCCAUCCCCCGCCCACAGGCCACCUGGGAAGGUAGGCAGGCCUGGGGGUCUUGCAGAGCACAACGGAUGUGAGGGCAGGAGGAAGCCUGGACCCAGGAUGUCACAAUUUCCUCUGUAGUGAGCAAGCAUUCUGGAGGCGGGAGAUAAGUGGCAAGCAAGGUGGCCAACGCUCCUGCACUUUUUUCCUGCCUGGCCUCUGCCAUCAGCUCUGGAUAGACAGCAGCCAAGAGUGGGUCUCAUAGUCCCCACCCCUGCCCUGGGCACCUGCCAAUCCACUGAGUUCCAAGGAAGGGGCUGGGCUUCUGGCCCACUGACUCUGCAUGAGUUGGGUCAAGUAUUCUCAGGGGCAGGGCCUCUGCUCCAUUGUGGGGAGGGGCUGGGGGAAAUGUCUGGGCUUCUGGGGAUCAGAGCUGGGUCAUCAGCUUGUCCAAUUCACAGAAAGGGAAACAGGCAAAGGGUGGAGCUGCUUACGAGCUGUUGUCUGCUCUACAAAGGCGUGGAGUGGCCUUUCUCAUGUGAAGCUCCUCAACAGCCCUGUUCCCUGUGGUCAGGCCACUUUAUUGGGGCCCCCACGAGCGCCCUGUGCUGGUCCGUCUUCCCUGUCCUCUGACCUUAGGUUGUGUCUGCCCUUCCCAUCAGGUGAUUGGCACAGAUGCCAGCCGCAUAGAGAAAGUUCUAGCUGGCUGGGGAGCUCCCCACUACCUAAAGUAUUGCUUGUGGUGAGCCAAGGAGCUAGGUGGGGUCCAUGCCCACUGGGACCUUAUCCUGGGCUAGCAUCCUGGCCCUUCAGUGGGUCUAGGGGCAGAAGCAGGGGGCGCAGCACCUGGGAGCCCUACAGAAGGGGCUGCUUUCUAGGCUGGCUGCGGGAUUGGGGGAGGUGGCUUCUUCUCAGCAUCCGGGUGGUCCAUCUCCAACCUCUCAUGCUCUCAUACCCUCUCACCAGACUCCCAUCCAGUCAGCUGUUAGUGGGGGUCAGCAGGGUGUAGAGCCAUAUGCCAUCCAGAGUCAGGUAGGGGACACCCACACUCAGACAGAUGUGCAGGCUGCUGUGAGAAAGCAGGAGAGCGUGGUUCAUUCUGACUGGUGGUGACAAAGCAGGUUUCCUGGAGGAGGUGACAUUCUUCACUGGAGCUGUAAUGGCUGGCCCCGCAGAGGAGGUGGGACUUGGAAAGCUAUACUGCCUUCUGCAGUGCUGACCCUGGGGAGGUGGUACCAGUGCCCAAGUUGCAGAACGAUCCUACCUGCCUGGCGACCUUACCUUAUUUCCUCUGCUGCCUGCCUGCCUCUCUCCCCUUGGUGCAGGUUUCCCAGGGCGCUGUCUGCCUGAUGCCCUCUUGCUGCACCUGGUCCCAGAGGAAGCUGAGCUGGGGGGUGUCUGUGUGGAGGCCCCAGAUGAGGCUGUUGUCUUGGAGCUGUCCCUGAGUGGUGUCCCCUGACCCCGUGACUGCCCUAACCCCAGGGGUUCUGUGCCUAUGAUCUCAGAGGGCAAGGGGUCAGAACUCCCAGCACCUUGCGAUAAAGCAGCCAAAGCGAGGCUGUUGGUCCUGCCUUAAAGUGGAAUUGUCCCUGAACCCUGGCUCUGCCUCAGUUGCUCUUCUAGGCAUCCCUUCCCCACCCAACCUGCCUCACUUGUGGUUGGAAAACUUUGGCAACCAAAGGCCUAGGUUCAGUAUGCAAGGCAUAAAGGAGCCCUGCCUGAUUGAGUCGGGAAGGGGUGGCGCCAUGGCAGCCCCUCCAACAUCACUGGGCAGCCCCAGGCUGCUACCAAGCAUGCUUCGAGAAGUUGCUAGAAUCCUGAGUCCACUUCCUCCCGCUCUUGACUCCCUGCUCUGGCUCUAGUCUCUAGGGUUCUGGCUUCCCUAAGGGAAGGAAGAGACCGUGGUCUUGGAAGCAGAUGUCUUCAGUCCCAGCUGUACCUCUUCUGGCUAUACUGACAGAAACUGGGGAGCUGCCCUGUUGGGACCAGGAGCCAUCUGUCUACUUUCCACUAAGCUGAGCCUUGACCCCAGAGCAUCUGUGCAGAGGAGAGCACUGGAACAUGCCCUAGACAUCUUCUAACAAGCCCAGGAAGUCACCAGCUGAGCUCAGAUCUGAAGCCCUCUGCUCACCAUGGCCUUAGCUGACAAGAAUGGCGGGAGCCUCUCCUCCAUGUCUCGUAGCCGCCUGCAGAGCCGGAAGCCACCCAACCUGUCCAUCACCAUCCCACCACCUGAGGCUCAGGCUCCCACCGAGCAGGACAGCAUGCUACCUGAGAGGCCCAAGAACCCAGCCUACUUGAAGAGUGUCAGUCUCCAGGAGCCACGACGAUGGCAGGAUGGCACAGAGAAGCGACCUGGCUUCCGUCGCCAGGCCUCCCUGUCCCAGAGCAUCCGCAAGGGCACAGCCCAGUGGUUCGGGGUCAGCGGCGACUGGGAGGGCAAGCGGCAGCACUGGCAGCGCCGCAGCCUGCACCACUGCAGCGUGCGCUACGGCCGGCUCAAGGCCUCAUGCCAGAGGGACCUGGAGCUCCCCAGCCAGGAGGUGCCAUCCUUCCAAGGCACCGAGUCUCCGAAACCCUGCAAGAUGCCUAAGAUUGUGGAUCCACUGGCUCGGGGUCGGGCCUUCCGCCAUCCAGACGAAGUGGACCGACCCCACGCUCCCCACCCACCGCUGACCCCGGGGGUCCUGUCCCUCACCUCCUUCACCAGCAUCCGCUCUGGCUAUUCCUAUCUGCCCCGUCGUAAGAGAGUGUCUGUGGCCCACAUGGGCUUCCAGGCCGCCGCUGCCCUCCUCAAGGGGCGCUCGGUGCUGGAUGUCACUGGACAGCGAUGCCGAGUCGUCAAACGCAGCUUCGCCUACCCCAGCUUCCUGGAGGAGGAUGCAGUCGAUGGGGCGGACACCUUUGACUCCUCCUUUUUUAGUAAGGAGGAAAUGAGCUCCAUGCCCGAUGAUGUGUUUGAGUCUCCACCACUCUCUGCCAGCUACUUCCGAGGGGUCCCGUGCUCGGCCUCCCCCGUCUCUCCGGAUGGGGUGCAGAUCCCUCUGAAGGAGCCCGGCCGAGCCCCAGGCACCGUGGCCCGGCGUGGCACACGUAUCGCCUCCAAAGUAAAGCACUUCGCCUUUGACCGAAAGAAGCGGCACUACGGCCUGGGUGUGGUGGGCAACUGGCUGAACCGCAGCUACCGCCGCAGCAUCAGCAGCGCUGUGCAGAGGCAGUUAGAAAGCUUCGACAGUCACCGGCCCUACUUCACCUACUGGCUGACUUUUGUCCACGUCAUCAUCACAUUGCUGGUGAUUUGCACAUAUGGCAUCGCACCUGUGGGCUUUGCCCAGCAUGUCACCACCCAGCUGGUGCUGAGGAACAAAGGUGUGUACGAGAGUGUGAAGUACAUCCAGCAGGAGAACUUCUGGGUUGGCCCCAGCUCGAUCGACCUGAUCCACCUGGGAGCCAAGUUCUCACCCUGUAUCAGGAAGGACCAGCAGAUCGAGCAGCUGGUGCAGCGGGAGCGAGACCUGGAACGAGACUCAGGCUGCUGUGUCCAGAAUGACCACUCAGGCUGCAUCCAGACCCAGAGGAAGGACUGCUCGGAGACGCUGGCCACUUUUGUCAAAUGGCAGGAUGAUACUGGACCCUCCAUGGACAAGUCUGAUCUGGGCCAGAAGCGGACAUCAGGGGCUGUGUGCCGCCAAGACCCCAGGACCUGUGAGGAGCCAGCUUCCAGUGGUGCCCACAUCUGGCCUGAUGACAUCACCAAGUGGCCGAUCUGCACAGAACAGGCCCGGAGCAACCAUACGGGCUUCCUACACAUAGACUGUGAGAUCAAGGGCCGCCCUUGCUGCAUUGGCACCAAGGGCAGCUGUGAGAUCACCACUCGGGAGUACUGCGAGUUCAUGCAUGGCUAUUUCCAUGAGGAGGCAACACUCUGUUCCCAGGUGCAUUGCUUGGACAAGGUGUGUGGGCUGCUGCCCUUCCUCAACCCAGAGGUCCCAGACCAGUUCUACAGGCUCUGGCUGUCUCUGUUCCUACACGCUGGUGUGGUGCACUGCCUUGUGUCUGUGGUCUUCCAAAUGACUAUCCUUCGGGACCUGGAGAAGCUGGCUGGCUGGCAUCGUAUCGCCAUCAUCUUCGUCCUCAGUGGUAUCACAGGCAACCUCGCCAGUGCCAUCUUCCUCCCGUACCGGGCAGAGGUGGGCCCAGCUGGGUCACAGUUUGGGCUCCUUGCCUGCCUCUUCGUGGAACUCUUCCAGAGCUGGCAGCUGUUGGAGCGGCCCUGGAAGGCCUUCUUCAACCUGUCAGCCAUCCUGCUCUUCCUCUUUGUCUGCGGCCUCCUGCCCUGGAUCGACAACAUCGCCCACAUCUUUGGCUUCCUCAGUGGCAUGCUACUGGCCUUUGCCUUCCUGCCUUACAUCACCUUCGGUACCAGUGACAAGUACCGCAAGCGAGCCCUCAUCCUGAUGUCACUGCUGGUCUUUGCCGGCCUCUUCGCCUCCCUGGUCCUCUGGCUGUACAUUUACCCCAUCAACUGGCCCUGGAUCGAAUACCUCAACUGCUUCCCCUUCACCAGCCGCUUCUGUGAGAAGUACGAGCUGGACCAGGUGUUGCACUGACCCCAGUCUGGCGAAGCUGGGCCAGGCCUGGCCACCACCCCACACCAAGCACUGAUGGCACAAGAACUGUGCCUGCAAGAGGCCACCUGUCUGCAGAGCACCCACCUCGUGUGCCAGAGACUUACGGACAGGGCCUGGAGCCCAGGCAAGGCUGACUGUGUGAGACAGCUGGUUAAGGCGGGCUCCCCAGGGAGUGAGACCCCCCUUUCUCAGGCCUGCAUGUUCCUGACCCAGGCUUGGGAACACCCAGGACACCUCUGCUUCUCCAAGGCUCAGGUCCCAGGCCUUCUUCUUCCCUACCUCCCUGAAGUACAGACCACCUCAGAAAGGUUUCUUUUCUGUCCAGGGCCUAGGCUGCUGGCUCUGCCAGUGCCUUCUUCCUAUUAUUACUGUGAGUACAUCCUCACUAGGCGCACAGCUGCUCCCUCAGCUGCCCCCAGGACUGGCGCCCCCCCACCCCACCCAUGUC